AUGGCCGGCCGCCGCCGUACUUCGCCGGCGUUGGGGCCGCUGGACGACGAAGAUCUCCUGGCCGAGAUACUCAUCCGCCUGCCCCCGAAGCCCUCCUCUCUCCCACGGGCAUCCCUCGUCUGCAGGCGCUGGCGGAACUUCGCCACCGACUCCGCCUUCCGCCGCCGCUUCCGCACCCACCACCGGAGGCCCCCCAUCCUGGGCGUCUUCGAGGAGUGCGCCAGGAAACUCAAGUUCAGGCCUCUGCUCGACCCUCCCGACCGCAUCCCUUCCGACCGCUUCUCCCUAGAUCUCAGCGCCUACGGGUUUUUCAGCUGGAGCGUCCUCGGGUGCCGCCAUGGACGCGUCCUCCUCCUCAACCGGACGGAAAAUGCUCUCCUCGUGUUUGAGCCUGUCUCGGGAGACACACACCGCAUCCUCGUUCCGCCGGUGUUCACCCGAGAUGGUUCCACCGACGCCUCUGCGGCGGUGCUCUGCGCUGCCGGCGACGACCAGGACCACGUGCACGGAGACUGCCACACCAGCCCCUUCAUGGUGGUCAUGGUAGGCACCGAUAAGCGUGCUCAGGUAGCCGUCGCCCGGGUGUACUACCGAGAAAGUGGCAUGUGGGGAGACCUCAUCUCGUCGGCCGAGCCAUGUGCCGGCUAUGUUGGCCAUCGACACUGCACCCUCAUCGGCAAUGCUCUUUACUGGUGCCUAUAUGGAACGGGUGACGAUGGAAUACUCAAGUUCGAUUUGGAUCAUCAGAGCCUCACUGUGAUCAGCAAGCCUCCUACUUGCCCCAUUGAUAGCCAAAUCCAGAUCAUCCGGGGAGAGGAUGGUGGUCUUGGCCUUGCCAUAUUGUCGUACCCGAGUUUCCAAUUGUGGGAGCACAUGGUCGAUUGUCACGGUGUUGACACAUGGGUGCCGCGGAAGACCAUUGAAAUGGACGAGAUGCUUGGUCGGAAGGCUGAUCAUACACAUAUAGUGGGGUAUGCUGAGGAUGCCGAUGCAAUUUUUAUGUCUAUGCACAAACCUUCGGACAGUGACCCCUUCAGACGCGUCCUUGCCAUCGUUCAACUUGAGUCAAUGAAAGUCGAGAAUCAUCAUGGAACCUGCGAUCAGAAUACCGCCUAUCAUCCGUUCACAAACUUCUAUACUGCCGGCACUGCUAGAGCGUGAAGUACUCCGCCAGCCAUUGAGCCACCGAAGCAGCAUGAGCUAACUCUGUCCUCCUACAUCUCCUGAAGCCUCUAAUUUCUUAUGAUCUGCAUACUUCCUAUAACUUGGUUGAUGCAAUGAGAUUGUUUGACUCGUAUCAAGGAGGCAGACGGGGAUUACUGUGAAAGAGUCUCUGCACUUUAUACUAGUCCCAUGUAAUAUUCUAUGACACUUUAUACUAGUCCCAUGUUAUAUCUAUGACUAAUCUCACUUGAACCUUGCAAC